AUGCCCUUCUCCAGCUUCCGCUCACCCGCAAUCGACCUAGCCGACUUCCUCCGCUCGCUCGCCGUUCCGCGGGCCUUCUACUCCUCCUCGACACCCGGCACCUCUUCACAGCAAGAACACGAGUGGGAGAUCCUCCGGGCGAGACAGGGCGGGACGAAGCGACUUGACUUCUUUGAUCAUGAGCUGAGUGGACCAGAUGGCGCGGUUGCCGUGCUGAGAGCGGUGGAAAAGUCGCCUGGAGUGACUGCUCUUGCGCUCUCACAGAACCAUCUUGGAGACGAUGGGAUGCGGGAACUGCUCGUCGGGUUGAAGAGAUUACGGUCGAGGGACAUUGGCGCGCAUCUCGAGGAGCUCAACCUGUCAGACUGUCGACUGUCGGACGUCUCGCUUCAUCUCCUCACACUCCUCCUACAACCCUCGCCACACCCUCCAUCCCUCAAGUCGCUCUACCUGAACUACAACAACAUCUCUCUCGGCUGCCAAUCGACCCUCACCUCGCUCCCCGAAUUCCUCGGCACGACCCUCUCCUCCGCCUCCUGCACCCUCCGCUGCCUCGCUCUCACAAGCAACAGAUCCAUCGGCACCUCUGGACUCGUCAGCUUACUCUCGCAUCUCCGUCUCGCUGCGGGUCCUUCGCAACUUUCGGAACUAAGGCUGUCGGUGACGCGUCUCUCGCCUGAAGCGGCUGAACCGCUCGCUCGAUGGCUUGAAGAUCCGGACGGCGGCGCGCGGUUGCAGAUCCUCGCGCUCAACGCCUGCGGGCUGGGCGAGGUAGGCGUACGAAGGAUCGCGCGGAGCGUGAUCAACGGAAAGGCUUGCAAUUUGCUGCACCUCGAGUGUUUGGCGAAUGAGGAGGGCGACGAUGAGCGGUGGCAGAGCGUGAAUGAGGAGUUGCUCGAGCAGGAGGAAGGGCAGGAUUGGAGUGAUUGGAAGGAGAGGCUCGAGGAGGCGAAGCGGAGGAACCAGCAGGCGUAUCGCGAGACGAGGCUCGCUGCGCUCAGGCUUGUCGGACCGGCGCGCAUACUAUUCGGCGGCAACGCGGUCGAGGAGGAGAAUGGAGACGAGCGGAGCUUCCCCUUCCUCCGACUGCCGAUCGAGCUGCAGGUGCACGUCCUGCGCUGCCUCAUGCUCCUCCACCCAACUUCCGUCGCGCACCUCUACCCCUCGACGCGUUCGGACGCCGCACCACCUCCAGCGCCCAAAACCCGCCUCCUCUCCGCCCCUCUGACCGAAUCCCAAUUCCUCCGCCUGAUCGCCUACUCCGCCUCGCGCCCGACACUCACAACCUCCCGCCGCAUUGCCCUCGCACAUCUAGCAGGCUCAGCCCCCUCUCUCAACGGUCCGAGCGGGACAGGAAGCUGGAAGAAGCAGGCUGAAGACCGGGACGCGGGCGAUGGGUGGGAAGAGUUCUUCCUGAGGCAGACGGGAUGCGACAGGUUCGAGAGGGCGAGUCCGCUAUGA